AAAAUCAUAGAAGGCACUUAAUUAAUAAAUAGGAGUCGGGGCUUUGAGAUUUUUGCUGGAUGGGUGGAAAAUCAACUAGAGUUUGAAUGUGAGCAGGCUUUAUCCAACUACUGGUCCUACAGGUUACAAACCGCCUCCAUUCAGUCCCAGUGACGUGAGCCAUUUCUAAAGCAUGGACACAACCGAGGCAUUUAACAGCACAAUUAAACUCCAACGGCCUGGUAUCUAUUGAGCAAUUAACCUUUGCUAAACCAAUUAUUAUUUAGUGCAUGAUGACAAAAGUGAGGUCCUGGAGGAGCCAUGUCCUGCUUUAAUAGACGGCAUUAUGCCCUAUAAAAGUUGAAAAUGUGGGGUCGCUUUACUGUCCUGUUAGCUUAACGCCACUGAAACACUGCCAACUUGCUUCGGCUGCAAGUAUUGAUUAAUUGGCACUGAGCAGUCUGACUGUCUGCAAAUAGGAGGGAACUAAUGGAGGAAACUGGACCUGGCCGGCUCAUGAGAGGCUGCCGCCCGACCUGCCUGCACACCAAGCAUAAACGUGGAGCUCAACGAGGCCUCGGGUCCCCCACCUGUUAGUCCGGUGCCUGGCGCCCCGUUGCCAAGGCAACGCGCUCACGUCACAGCAUCAAGCGUGCACAGCUCUGUUUUCAGUCAUUUUGGAAUCUCAGGCUGUUAAAACACUCCGACUGCCGUUGGAGCAGAGUUAGUCAUGUAAGUGACAUAGGAAAUGAUGCUGGUGAUUUGUCACCAGAGCGUCAUUUGUCAUUUCAGUUGUGACAUCAACAAUUCGGGCAAUUCCCAGUCUGUUCUAUCCCUCAUGGAACACGGAGCGGCUCGGCCAUAAAUUUAUCACAGGCGAUGCCAUUACCUUUAGCUUGAUGGCCCUCAAGCAACAGCGGUGCAAUAAUAGAGAAUAGAUUUUAUCCCUUAUGGAGCCGAGGUUCUCGCCUGUGGCUUUAUUUCCUCCUUCCAGCCUCUGAGAUAAAGGAGAAAAUAAGCUAGCCACUGAAGUGUUAUACCUGCCAUAAUGAAAGGUAUUAAAGCGAUGCUGGUAUUGACUGUGAAGCCCUGGGAGCAUGUCUGUAUAUCAGAUGCUCUGUCAUAAAUGGAGAUCAACAAUCCUUUUAACUUUCUCUUACAAUGACCUAAAGGAAAAACCAAAUCAAGCAGCGCAUUAAUGAGUCCAAUAAUUAGAUUUUUGGUUGCAACGUGAUUCUUCUCUGGUGAGAUCCCAGAGCUGAUGAAAUGCCUCCGAUGAUGAAAGUAUUGACUCUUAUCGUGGUUUGUGGCCGCUCUGUGUCUGGUGUAUUGUAUGGGAGCCCGUGCACGUACUUUAAGUAGCGGCAGCGUUUGAACCCCUGGGUGAGUAUGUAGAUCGAUUAUGAUAAUGCGGCCUGAUCAAUACCCCCCUACCCCCAGGACCGUGUGGCGCAGUCAGGGGCUACUUAAGAUGCAUUGUGUGUGAGAUGUCAGCCGGAAUAUUGAUAUGAGCGCUCAUUUCCUGCCUACACCGACGCUUUGGUGACGGUGUGAAGUGUUAAUGAAAAAUCAGCAGGGCUUGUCAACUGUCAUCAUGACCAAAUGAGGCAGAAAGAGGGGUGGGAGGCAGGGACUUAAUAAAGCACACAUUUCCCUUUCAGAAAUGUGAAGCCUAAUCAGAAUGUUUGCAUAGAAAAAGGACGUAUGACGCCCUGUUUUUUCUUGGAAGAAUUAGCACAGAGCGCUGUCAGCGCCUGGAGGAAAUCCUAUCAGGAUGUUAAUGUGAAACAUUUCUCUGCCAGCACAAAUUAUGACAUCUAAGCCGGAUUAGGACACAUCAUUUUAUUACUUCAUUUGAUUUUCUGACUGCUUUUUGGAGCUUACAUUUUUAGACUGAUUUACUAAAGGGCUGUGCAGACGUUCCUCAGUUGCUUUAACGCUCCGUUCCAUAGUUUGAUUACUUUGGUAGGGUCCAUUUUUAACCACAUCCAAUCAUUUCCAUUUCCUACUGUCCCAGAAAAUUCACGAAUUGUCUCCUCUCCAAUUAUCUUGUGGCGCCAGUGCAAACGAAAGCCGAGCUUGUCCACUAGCAAAGCCUGGGAGCUGUCUCCUUGUCAUAGUUCUGGCUGCUUUAUUAGCAUAGACUCAUUUGUUUCUUAUUAAUUAUGCAUUAAUGUCAAGCCGCUAAUGAAGGUAAGGUCAAGACACUGGAAAAGGAUUCCAGGAGAGACCGUACCCGGAGGAGUUGACUGCAGGAAUAGUCCUGGCGUUUGGUGCAGACGCUCAUCACAGGCCGUAUUGUUCCCUUCUUCGCCUCCCACGCUCACAGUACUGAACAUUCUCGCUCCCUCUCUGGUGCUGAAGCCUUUCUGCCGAGCUCCAGCCUGAGAGCGAUACGGCUCCCCUCCACCCUGCACCUCUACACCCUCAUUAUCAGCCACCAUCUGGCCGACCUUCGCCUCACAUCGCUCCCGUUCACCCAGCAGCCCAUCAACACUCCCCUCUCACUCUCCGUCGGCACCUUGGCUCACACGUCAGCCACAGCUGCCAUCUCUCUUCGAGUUACGCAUUUGUCCUCUUUGGCCGAGCUCUGCGCUCUGUAAUCCCUCUGUCCUGAGUCCGUCUUAAAUGAUCAAGUUGUGUGUAAGCCACUGAAACACAAAUACUGAUCUUUUAAGUGUUUUCCAGACUGAACCGGCUUUGAUUCCUCAGAGCUUCUGAUCAGACGAGUGUUUUCUUCCAAAGGUCACAUCAGGUUCCACAGAGUUAAAGAAAGAAUCAUCUGAGGUAGUGAGAAGCCACCAACAACUUUCCUUAAGUAUAGUUUGACGUGUUUGGAGCUCGGUGCCUCAAUGUUACAGACAAAGAAAGUUUGUUUUAAGUUAACCUCAGUCACGUCUUUUGGAAAAAACAUGAAAGUUUUCUAAGUUUGCUUCUCUGCAGCAUCACGUCAGCCACAACUGACCCAGCUCCUCUGUGUCAGGAGCCUUGAUGCCUCGGCCCGCCUCGCUUUCGAGCCUGUCGUUCUGUCUCCAUGUUGUCUAAGUCUUGUCUGCACAGAGAGCUUACAGACAGAGCUGGGAGGACUGGUGGGCUAGAACCGCUCGUCUUGACAGAUAAACAGGAUUUUGUGUCUGGCGAGCCUAAGAUUGUCAGCUCCGAUCUCUUGAGAGAAUUACAACCGGCAGUCAAUGGUUGGACACCAGCUCAACAGACGCUGUGUGGCGAUGAGUGGGAGAUGGCGACUCCUUCAUCACGAUAGCGCUGAAUGUUUUAUUCAUGGAGCAGUUCAAGGUCCCCAUCCCUCGGUUUUUCAGCUGUGAAAUGGCCUCUUUGCAAACAUGUUAUAAAAAGACAUAAUGUACAGUAAAUGUCACUGGGUUUCAUUGAAAGCGUAGUAAUUGUAGUGUGGGUGACAAGGUGACUGAGCUGGGCUUCAUCCGAGCUCUUUACAUUUCCACCUUCAUCUACAGUAAAUAUUAUGUGACUCCACCUGCACCACCAGUGUCUUUCUUUGGGUCGCAGAGGGAGAACAUCAGCUUUAAUGUGUCAACAUUCCCCACGUAACCCUGCUGGUUGGUCGCAUUCACUCCCACUGGUCCAGUCCAGCUUUCGACCUUUCUGCUCAACAUUUGGCCCCUGAGGUCACGCUGUUGCGUUUGUUAAAUGUCAGCAGUUGUUGUCUCAGAGCGAAGCCAGCAGAGCAGAGCGUGUGGACCGCUUGACAGCCGCUCUCCACCGUCGAGCACCUCCCCAGGUCGCUCUUUCCUCUCGCAGAGGGGGCAGGUUCUCUUCGCUCUCUAAAUCAAUGGGAAUGAGUUGGCUGCGAGGCCCCUUUGGCGUUGAGCGGCAUUACCCGGAGAUAAGGGAGCUCAGACGUGACGAGCCAUAUUAACCAGGCAGCUCUGCUGAUUGGAUCACCGCAGAGCUGCUCGCCUGCAGGAGACACCGGCGUCUAAUUGAACAGUCUGCCUCGCUGUUGACAGGACUAUAAUUUCCGCAUAUCACCAAGGAAAACACGUCUUGUUUUUCUGUCUGUUCUGAGAUUCUGACGAAUGUGUGCAAAUGCUCGCGGAGACGAAACUCACACAUCAAAGACGAGGUUUAGUUCAUGAUAAUUGACUAGGAGGAGAGAUGUGAAAGGAAGGAGGCUGCGGUGGAAGACGGCCCUGCACAGGGUUAAGUGGAUCAAUGUCCAUUUCUUUAGUCUACCCAGAGCUCAGAUGUCAAUCUAAUUUAUCAUGAGGAGGGCAAGCACAAGCUAGAGAGAAUAAAUGACAGCAGACGUCAGUGGGAACAUGGCUAAAUAAUUCAGUUACCCAAGUGUGCAAUGACAUUUAUCAGAUUGUGACUCCUAAUGUAAGAGCUUUGGCUAAAAGGAUCGACACUGUUACAGGAGCUGAUUCAAAGCAAAGCACAAUUCUGUGUUAAUUACAAACUGUACUAAAGUCUGUUUACAACUAAUACAGUAAAAGCAAAGUUACACACAGUAAAUAUUCAGCAACUCUCAGUUUUCUGACAUUUUCAGCUGCACAAUUUCAGAGUUUUACAUUUACUGGGAGCUUUAUUGUGAAUGUGGGAGCCACAUCAUUUUCUGUCAGCUGUUUGUACGCGUGUAGCCAGAAUUGAUGCAGUCACAGAAAUCCUCGCUUUGUGGCUGAGAGUCACCAAUGAAAGCUAUCAGCCACAUCAGACAACUGUGUCUAAAGCGAUGUUUCAAUAUUUUGCAUGCUCCGGCUCCCAUAUGGUGCGUUACAUUUCCUCCUUGAAGACUCCACCAUGCGUAUUAUUGUCUUCUAUUUUGAGAGACUCCCUGCCGUGCGGCGUGCGCAGCCGCAUGGAGGGGUUCCACCAGGGCCGGGCCCUCGCAGCUGUGACUGAUAAAGCCAAGAGGAAAACUCCUUCUCUGCUCCUUCACGUCUCUAAACUCCGUCGCUGUCCCCGAGGCACAAGCGUCCAACUUCCAAAUGCCAACUCAGUACGGAGUUAUUGCCACCAAUUCUCCAGUGACAAAUGUCAGAUAGAUGCUGAUUCUCUGCUUUAUGAAUUCACAGAAAUUGUAGCUGUUCGCUGUGAAUCCCUCACACUCUGUCCUAGUUUGAUAAGUGGGGCAUUAUAAUACAAAUGUCUUCUUUAAACUAAGCUACAGCCUCAUUUUAUUUCUGGUGGGUCGUGGACAUUGAACUGGACAAUGUGCGCUGACUUAUCAUCCUUUCCGUUUAAAUUGUCAUAUAAUAUUCAGCCUGUGGUUUUUACUGGACUCUACCAACAACAUCCAUCAUGGAUUAUGAUGUUUAAGAUGCAUUUCAGCACCAGAAAGACAAAAAUGAGAGCAUGUUCAGCCUGGUGCUAAACACAACGAUCGGCCAUACAGCUCUGAUAUGAGCCAAGAAUAAAAAAGCAUGAAAAAUGAGCAUAAGGAGUCAAUGACACAAUGUCACUAAAGACAGAAGAGAGUGAGGAUGUGAAGGAAGCUGAGUGCAGGGACCAGACAGUGGUUUGACGCAUAGUCAUGUUCAAACUACUAAAAGCUGUUAGUCUGAGAUUUUACUGUUUACUUUUAAAACCUGAACGGAGCAGACACUUAGUGGAUAGUCUCUUUUCCCUCUGUUGGCUUGAAUGGUUAUAAAUGUAUAUCACAGGAAGCGCAACGGGCAAAGAUUAAUCAACAUUUCUGUGACAGAACAGAAAUGAAUAAAACGCUGACCCCAACAUAAAACACCUUGAUCUUCAUUUGAAAACAACAAAUCUGUUAUGGCGUCAUAGAAACAUUAAGGCUUCUGCUACUAAAUGCUCAGCCCAUAGGGCAGGAGGUAAAUGGAAACGAGUGUUGGCCUCAGUAAGCAGUGACCCGAGCAGCAGGCCAGGACGCUGGAGAUCAGGUCCACACAGAUGCAUUUUUGAUAAACACUGAGCUAAUUUAAAGGACGACCACUGCUCACAGACGAAGCUGGACCCAAAGCCUUUUCACUCAUUCUACCAUGAUGUACUUAUUGGAGCACAGAAAGUGUGGCGUCUUAAAGCUUUCCAUCCAUCCAUCCAUCCAUCUGUUCAUUCAAUUAUUCAUUAAUUCAUCUAUCCAUCAUCUUUUUAUCCAUCCACCCAUCCACCCACCCAUCAUCAGUAAUCUAUUCAUCCAUUCAUCUCUGCAUCCAUUCAUUCAUUUAUUCAUCAUUCGUCCAUCCGUUCAUCCAUCCAUCCAUCCAUUCAUUCAUUGAUCAGUCCGUCCAUCCAUCCACCCAUCCAUCCAUCCAUCCAUCCAUCCAUCCAUCCAUCCAUCCAUCCAUCCAUCCAUCCAUCCAUCCAUCCGUUCAUUGAUCAGUCCAUCCAUCUAUCAUUUAUCCAUCCAUACAUCCAUCUGUUCAUCCACCCAUCCGUUCAUCCACCCAUCCGUUCAUCCAUCCAUCCAUCCAUCCAUCCAUCCAUCCAUCCAUCCAUCCAUCCAUCCAUCCAUCCAUACAUCCAUCCAUACAUCCAUCUGUGCAUCCACCCAUCCGUUCAUCCAUUCAUCCAUCCACCCGUCCAUCCGUUCAUCCGUUCAUCCAUCCACCCAUCCAUCCAGCUCGCUCUUCUACAUGACAGCUGUGCAACACCUUUGCUACUGAACAGCUUUGGUGCCAAACAGCUGUACCCACAGACUGCACACUCACGGGUCAAGCCACCAACUGCAGCGUAGGUGGUGCAUAUUGAAGCCCGUGCAGCCGACUCUCACCUCACCGGUCACUGUGCAUCUGACAGCAUCUGUAAUCGUGUCCGGCCCAGUGUACUGACAGCAGGGGAUGAUAGCGCUCGGGACCCGCAGCUGCGCAAAGGAACGGCCCCUUUCACCUUGAUGAAUAAGUGAACACAUUCAGGCAGGCAGAGAUGCAGUCGGCGAGUCGAUAACAAGUAGAUUUGUUUUCUUCUGAAAGCUGUGUUGUUUACAAGCUACCGAUUACCCCUCAAAUUUGAUCCGUCUGAGAUUUUCAGCUCUGGGUCCAUUUCACCUCGUGACAUGUCGGAGCGUCGGCCGCUGAACGCUGUCUGGUGAGGCGGUGCCUGGAUUCUUACUUUACAGACAUUACAUAGCGCUACAUGAGAUCGCUCACAGCCAAAGUGUUAUGUCAUUGUUGUAGAAACCUUUAAUAACUUCACCUCUACGGCAGCUUCUUACAAAAAAUAUUGAUUUUGUUUCUAUUUUUUUACAAAAUCCAAAUCACCUCAUCGCUUGCAUGUCAUCCAACAAAUAAACAAUAAUGUUUAGCAAAUGGCUUUGUUGUACAACAUACUCACUUAUUAAAAUGGCAUCUCAUUAGAGGCAUUGAGCAGCCGCUUUGCAUGAGAUUAAUUGAGUUUUUUUGAAAGCACUUUCUCUUCAUUAUCAUUCUGUCUUGCAAAUGGAUUCACUGCAAAGGCGAUGCAUAUUCAUUUUACAGGAAGCUUGAAAAUUGUUCGGAAACGAGCCAAAGGUGGAGCUGGGCUGCUGUGAAUAAUAAACACGGCAGCCUCUGCUCCAGAGGUGAAAGCGGAAGGCUGCGUCGGCAGAAUGCGUUCGGCCGCGUUGAAAACAGCUCCAACAUUCAAUAAAGACGUCCCUCCUGCUUCACAGCUCAUUUGCAUCAGCUUUUACUUGUUUUACAUACGUGAACUCCCUGCUGCUGUGCUUCCAGGUGAAUAUUUGGGUGCUAGGUGUAUUCUUGGCCACCUCCACUCCACUGGCAUUAAUAAUGCACCACAGGAGCUUUUACUGGAUUCUGAUUUGCUCUUUGAAAAGGUAGAAGGAAAUGUGCAGUCCACUCUCUUGACGAAGUGGGCUGGUAGUAGUUUUGUGAAAUGAGUUGGGCAGAGUCACUCUUUUUCUCCUUCUACGUACUAUUUUGUAUGUGUAAUGUGUGUAUUUCGACAUCAGAGGAGCCCACUAGGUUUGAAAGCCUGCCUGAGGCUGGAACCAAACAAAAAGUUUUCCUCUUUGCCAAGUUCUGGACUCUUUUACCUGAGGCAAGAUGAAGUACAUCAAAGGCAAAGGGCAUCCUUUGUCAGCAUCUCAGACUGACAGCAACAGAUCCACCUCAAGAGUAAUUACACACAACAGAAACAGUCCCUUUGGCUGCUCACCUAAAAGCUGGAGCUGUGAUACGACGGAUCCUCCAUUAACAGCUGGAGAAGACAAUUAAAGAACAUUAAAAAUAAGGGGAUUUUUAAGACCUACAUUUAACUUCAUAAUUAGGUUAAUUAACACGUGGACUCGAGACAAGCCUGCAGGUCACGAAUCUAAUUGAUUUAUUCAAAGACAAAAACCAGGACCCACACCUGGAGAAGUAGCCGGUGUCAUCUUAGUGAGUGAGCAUAAAUGUCACUGAGCAGCAGAACACUCGUUAAUUAAAGUGUAAUUGUGUUACAUCUGGUUCGGUGCCUCAUUUAGUUCUAUCUGAUUAUAGCAAUAAACUGCCGCCACAGCUUCCAGUGCAAGUGACAGAAAAGAGCUUUUUAGGCACUGAGUCAACACUUUUGUGUUAUUGUGCAGCCAUAAAUCUAAUCGAGUGCCUGCUAUUAUUUUGUGUAUUGCUGCAUGCUGGCAGCGCUGCAGUCCUUUGUUGUUGUUCAGACCACGGCUUCACAGGAAGUGAUGGAGGUUAAAGGUGCAAUUACAGACGCUUGCUUGGCCCAUAGCUCAAAAUGACUACAUAAUGCAUCAGCAGGGGUCUGAUCAAGUUGUUGAUUGAUGCUGUAACUCUAUUUAAUGCUUCUAGAAGGAGGUUUAAUACAUGUUUCAGAAGGAAUGUGUGCACUAUGCACGUUUCUGAUCAUUUUACAGUUUCAUUGCUUCUGAACAAAACGAAAGAAAUUGCUCAGAUGCAGUAUCGUCUGCAUCGGAGUAAUCUGAGUUUUGUCUGGAAAAAUGGUCUUUUUAUAAGGACCUACCAGCUCAUUUCUGUCGUCACAUGCUUUUUGCAUAAGCAAGGUUGUAAAAUAAUAGGCUGAUGAUGGAAAACUCAAGGUCUGAGCAAUGACCGCGGGAAUUUGCUGAACACUGUAAUUGUACUGUGGCACAACAGGGUCGUUAAGGUUGAAUAAGUACAGACUUAUGUCCCAGAAUAGCUAAUUAAUGUACAGCAUGUGCUCUGGGAGACUCAUGGGAGACCAGAUGCAACAAAUCCAAGCAGGCAGGAGGCUAAAAAAAUAGGCCUCACUUUCUCAUUGCGCUGCUGGUGACAGUGAAUUUGAAAAAACGAAUGUGCCUCAUGAUGUAUCAGAUAUUAAAUUCUAAUGUAUUGUCAGCAGGCAGCAAAGCUAAUCUUCCGUACAUACAUUACAGCGCUAUCAGUGAUUCUAUUGAAAGGGCCUUUUCAUCUAUGAAGCAUUUGUUUUUGAUUACCACAGGACGGCGUCCGCUCAGGCCGCCCAGUCAGUGCUGCUGGAAAUAAAUAUCUUUUAGUGAUUGGCAAUCCCACACAUCACUCAUCAAAUAUUCAUGCUGGACUUGGGAGGAUUCCGAGGUUGCAGGGUUAUAAGACACCCCCAACAUCCUAGAAGAGCUGCAGCCACUGAGGCAUCAUGAUGUAUGUCUCCAUUUCUGCAGGUCUCUGAACGUCCUGCAGCCCCCGGAGUGUAAAAGUCGCUUUUAAAGUUUAAUCCUUAAAGGAUUAUCCACUCAUUGAUUUAAAACACUACUGCAGACCAAUAAAAAAGCACGACUCAAAGCCACUUUUGAUUUCAGAUGAGUGCUUUGAAUCCAGAGUUGCUGCAUGUGGCUUUAACUGUGUUGAUGUAGCUUAUAAAUCCCAGCAGGGCACGAUUGAGCCUAUUCAGGUGUGUGAGCUUAAAUGAUUGUAAUCACAUUAACACUGUAAUAAAUAAUAGAAACCUACAGGCGCCUUCAGUCUUCUAAUGUAGAACAAGUGAGAUGCAAACAUUUUGUCACACUGGAGGUUUUUCUGCAGCUACUAAACGUGUUCGGGGGCCUCUGAGAUGAUGAAACGCUGGUGUGAGCUCACAUUCAGAUCGUUGGCUGUCCACUCUGCGCUUGACCAAGAAGCUCAUUUCCUAAGAGCACUUCAAUGUAUGCGCCGUCAUACUGGGUGAAAUGGGGCCAUCGUAUUGUGUCUCCAGUCCUCGUUUCGCCAGCAAGCCUUUUGAAAAGCUUGCCAGUGCUGUCCUUCGCUGCUCUAAAUGUGGAGGGAGGAGAUAGUGCCUUCUCAUGUUAUCUGCCACCGGCCUCUUGCCCCUUCAGCCAUUUUCUCAUUUCACAGAUUUGACCAGAAGGUGACCUUGGCUUUUUAAGUGCUUUUAAGGCAGAGCCAAGUAUUCUCCCCCUUUUCCUGUCUCAUAAAUGAAGACAGAGCGCGAGCAGGAGAGGGAGAGGGGGAGUUCUUUCCAGGCUUUUGUGGCUUUCUCCUUCUCUUUCCUUCAGCAUUUUUUUUGCCUUUUGAUAGAGUGGACACGAUGGCAGCCUGUUGUCUGGCAAUUCACAUGAAUCUGUGCUUUUAAUGUAGGAAACAGCCCCCGGGAGCAAAAGCAGGGGUUGAUGACAUGACGUCACACUCAGAGGUCAGUCUGGAGGUUUGACGCACAGUGCAUUAGCCAAACGUCAGCCAAGAACUAAUUGAAUGUCUUCCAAUGUGUUCCAAAUCUAGGUACAUCCACCAGAACUUUUACAAGCUCACACAAGGGAGGGAAAGGAAACAUGGACCCUGUGCCUGUGUGUGCGUGUUUUCUGGUGGGUAGGAGGAGCCGGUAGCUCCAUCCGUCCCCUGUGCACCUCUGGCAGAGCGCUAAUCUGGGUCAAAGUGCUAACUACUUAGAAGGGCCUGGGAGAGGCUGGCUCACAUAUGAAUCAUUCCUCACGCUUCCUGUCCUCAUUAUGCUCCCGUAGCUGGAGAGGCAAAAUGCUCUCAUAGAACUCCCCCUGACCUCAAACGUAAACACGCAGGCAGCUCAUAAAGCGUCUGCAGCAGCCGCGUCCUUAAUCUCUUUCACUUUGAAACAACUCUCUUUGACUUUUUCUCUUAGGGUCCAUGGAGCCUAAGAGCCUCUCAGCCACACAAUCAGCGUUUUAUGACUCUGCUCUGCAUCUCUGAAAAGACAGAGGUCCAUUUGCAGCUGUAAAAGACAUGAGACGUUCUUACUUUAGCCAAGUGAGUAGAAAUGAAGCUGGACGUGGGGAAGCACUUCAGUCUCCUCCGCUGUGGACCAGCUGUAUGAGCCGGUGGAUUUUACCGUAGCGUAGAAAAGAGCAUGGCCAUUUGUUCAUUUGUGUUUGAUGCAGCUCUGAUGCUGGCAUCAACAGGUGGCACAUAUUCAAUAUUUCAUGAGCUACAGUAGGAAGCGCCACCUGUGCCAAUACUGCUAAAAAAUAUCAAGCCAUAAUGUUGAUGAAUUAAAAAAGCUUUGAUGAUGGCUCCAACAUACCCUGGAAAAAGAACAAGGCUCCGUCCUCUCAGUGCGCGAGCUUAAAGGCAAGGACAGAGGGUUUGUAGGUAUCAGAAAGCCUGACAGGCUCAGACCAUUUGGGAUUUAUUACACUCCAAGGCUAGUCUUGCAAAGCAGCUCCUUGCGGGAGAACGGCUGGAAGCGGCGUUGUCACCAGAACGCCGGCCUCUCCCUGGAGGGGCCACGUGGACAGAGCAGCGCACUCGAACAGCGUGUCCACGGGGAAACACAUCACGUUGAGCCACACAUACCCUUCGUCCAAAGCACCGCUUCCUCUCAUUACAAUGAGCAAGCUCCAGCUGCUGACGGGCUCAGCACAGGCUGGGGGAGGGGGGGUUCUGGUGUGUCCUGUCUGGGUCCUUGCUGGCGUUCAAUAGUCUAUUCGGAACCUGAAUAGCAGACUGCAACUGGGUGCUGAUAAUGUGUGAGUAAUUGUGUUGUUACUUUAAAUGGUGAAUUUGCAGAUGUUUGUGGGGACAACGUGUGAGCUGGCUGGAUUUGUAAAACCUCUCUGCUUCCCAGUAAUUAAGAUCAUCCCCCUGUUCCUACAAGGAUGUCUUACAAGGGUCGCUAAGUCUUUGGAGAUGACGGGCUCUUUAUCUGGCAGCCUGGAACAACGUGGUAAUUGGUAAACAGUUUUACCAAUUUGAGCUAUUAACAAAAUAGCCAUUUCAUAAUAAAGGGGAUUUAAUAUUCUGCCCUGCACCACAGCUCCGUUAUCAACAAAAGCCUCGGUUACUCUCGGCUUUUUAUCGAGAAAGAAAAUCCAUUGAAAGUGGCUGAAGGCCUGACACAAAGCAGCUGCUGAAUCUCCACAAAUCUGCAGGCUUAAUUGAUUAUUUGCACAGAGCUGUAUAUCUGCAAGGUGCAGCAAACCCAGGGGAAAUAAUGUAAAACAGAUAACAAGAUGAAAUGUGGGAGAAUUGCUUUCUGCUGCCCAUUUUAUUAAUCUCUUCCCCUUUUCUUAUUCACAAUGAGUUUCCCCGUCUAGGUCUUCCCAUUACAGAGACGCAGCUUCACGUUUUAAAAUCAGCGCGGCCUAAAUGGAAAGUUGAGAGCUGAUUCAAACAGGCACCAAAGGUGUUUGUAAAAGGUUAUUUGGAUUUCUGAAUAACACAUUGAGGGGCUGAAUGUUGUGUGUACCGAGACUCCCAGAGGACAGCGCUUUAUUUUCAAACCUCAUCUUCAUUAUUCUGCCGUUCUCACUUCUGCGUCACAUUCAAAGGCAUGAAUUUAUUAUGCCAGCACUUUACACAAACAUUUCAGAAGCAAUUCCAGUUGUGUUCUGAAUCAGGUUUGCAGGUAUUAUUUCGCAGCCGAGCCACGAGCUCUCUCAGGCUUCCCGACAUUGUGGUCUCACCUUUUUUGUGGAAAUGACUUUAAAAGAACAACCUUGGGAUGACGGGAUGUGAAAUUACUCUGGAGCUCGACUCGGGUUCUUUUUUUCCCCCCUUUGCUCUUCACGCCGCUCUCCCAGCACUCAGCAAAAACACUGUUAGCACGCAGGACGGCUGCUUUCACUCGACACCAAUCAAAGCAUUUUAUACGGAGGCAACAGACGGGCGUUUGUUUUGUUUCCUCGUGCGAUAUAGAAUUCUUGGCAUUAGGUUGCGCAUCAGGUCAGACCAUAAUUGCCUUCUCCUCACUGGGGAGCUACUUGUUUUCCAUUUGGAGAGCAGGAGAGUUUCUGGACCAGUCAUCUCAUGUGCGACAUAGAGGACACCGAGAUGAGAACGUCCCAAUGGGGUUUAGCAGAACACAGAAAAACUGGGCUACUGUCUUGUGGGAGGUGCCACUUCUCCCCGUCCUGUCGUCACCUGCCCCAACAAGAAAUAAAGAAGAAAAAAGAGAAGUCAUAGUGUAACCUGACCUGGCUGCACCCGAGGAACCGCCUCCUGCAGCCUGAGUGUGUAAACAAGCUGAACGACGACCAACAAAAGGUCGGUGUGUGAAGCGGCGUCACUUUUUAAUAGCAGCCAACAUCUUUACGCAGAAACAUUUAAAGUUCUUCUCCGGAGUUUUCAUAUUAAUCACACUAAGCUAAAAGCUUCGGUAGCUUGGGGUCAUUCUGCACAGCGACACCAUCGUUCCUAGCAGGCUGUGACGUCAGUGUCUGAUGGGCAGGUUUCCAGCUGGGAACUAUUUCCAAACUAUCCACUGUGGAUCCACAUGCACACAUCUGCUCCUGGUCUACCUCUACCUGCGCAAACAGCAGAAUGCAUUCUGGGAUGUGGAUCUCGGUCAUAGCGUGUUUCCCAGCAGUGUCUUUGGCAGGAUGUGCAUCUCGUCCUCCUCCUGCUCUGAGCCCAGACUGAAUUAUUGAAAGAAGAGAGGCGCCUCGCAUUGUGCGGUAUCAUCAGGAUAGACACUUAAGACUCUGAGAAUCUCACAGAGCUGAUACCUCAGCUCUCUCCCCCAGCAUUAAGGAAAAAAGUUGUUUAAUUUCACCUCUCCCACUGGAUCGCGCAAAAAAAAAGCUUUUCAUUGAACUGCAGGUCAGGCGUCUCAACAGGGCUUAUGCUUUAUGCAAAGGGAAAGAGUUGCUGCUGAGUUCUCACAAUACAAGAGAAGGAAGAGCUACCUGAGAACGGCUGAAGCCAGUUCAGAUUCCCCCGGAACCUUUGGAACUCAAUGGGAAAUGCUGAUUUGCAAAGUGCUGCUGUCGUUCAUGGACCUUCUCUGACAUCCUGUCUGCAGGUUUGUUGUGGCCACAUCUCCAUAGUGUCACAAAGAUAGUGGGAAGGCAUUAGUGCAUUGUGCUGUGUGAGUGGUGACUGGUGAGGACUGUUGGUCACACUGAACCUGCGCUGAAUUGAAAAUGAGGCAGAAACCGCUGCUGUGGAUGGAUGUGUUAAAUUCAGUUUUCAAGCGCGUGCACAGAGCUAUUGAGCGGCUGAGUGGUAGGUGAGGCUGACUCCCGGUGCGACUGAUCGAUGCGCGUGUGGUCAUUGAACUGAGCUUAGAGCUAGUUUGUAUUCUAUUAGGGAUCUCGAGGGCUUUGCAGCAGCGGAACAAAAGCUCAUGCUGAUGCCUAAUUGCUGGCAAAGAAAAGACCAGUGCUGCUGUUUUGUUGCUGCUUUAUGGGUCCGGUCCAUCUCAGCUGUACAGGUGCUACGAGGACUUAUCAGCUCUGUUGUGACUCAACCGGAAGGUAGACUGUAUUUUACUGCUGCUUUAUCUUUUCUAGUUUAACUAAAAACACUUGAGGUGCGGUGAUUUAUAUGCUUAGAAUAAAAAAGCGUCAUAGCUUCUGCUCUCAGCUUCUGACUGUAAAGAAGGUAAUGACUUCAUCUCACGUUGCAAGUCAAAUCAAAUGUGAAUUAUUACUUGCAGCCAUUAACCCUCAGCAACGCGUGGCCUUAGAUUUGGUUGUACCUUCACUAGGCACAUCAUUAUAUGGCUUCAUAUAUGCUGGUUGUGCUGAAAUGACUCUGUUGCUGCUAACAACUGCUCAGCCAUGUAACACGUCCUGUCGUCUUCUGCAGAUCACAGCAGGGAGCGUGUGCGGCAUGAGGCUGCUGUGGAAAUCCCUGGACAAGAUGAGGUGUCUGAGGAAGCGCUCCACCAUUCCCUUCCUCGGCUUCCUCAUCACAUUCCUCCUCUUCCUCAACCUGUACAUAGAGGACGGCUACGUGCUGGAAGAGGAUAAAAGGCAGCUACGAGAUACAUCAGUCCAUCCUCCAAGCUCCGAACGAUACGUUCACACCUUCAGAGACCUCAGUAAUUUCUCUGGAACCAUUAAUGUCACGUAUCGUUAUCUUGCUGGAACCCCGCUGAACCGCAAGAAGUAUCUAACCAUCGGUCUGUCAUCAGUCAAGAGGAAAAGAGGAAACUACCUCCUGGAGACCAUCAAGUCCAUCUUCGAUCAGUCCAGUUACGAGGAGCUGAAGGAGAUCGUGGUCGUCGUCCACCUGGCUGACUUCGACCUGGUCUGGUGCGAGAACCUGGUACAGGAAAUUACUCGCAAGUUUGCCCACCACAUCAUCGCCGGGCGCCUCCUGGUGAUCCAGGCUCCAGAGGAGUACUACCCGUCUCUGGACGGGUUGAAGCGCAACUACAACGACCCAGAGGACCGGGUCCGUUUCCGCUCCAAGCAGAACGUGGACUACGCCUUCCUCCUUAACUUCUGCACAAACCUGUCUCACUUCUACAUGAUGCUAGAGGACGACGUGCGCUGCUCCAGGAACUUCCUGACGGCUCUGAAGAAGGUGAUCACCUCCAGGGAAGGCUCCUACUGGGUGAUGCUGGAGUUCUCCAAGCUGGGCUACAUCGGGAAGCUGUACCACUCCAGAGACCUGCCACGUCUGGCUCACUUCCUACUCAUGUUCUACCAGGAGAUGCCCUGCGACUGGCUCCUCAUCCACUUCAGAGGCCUGCUGGCCCAGAAGGACGUGAUCCGCUUCAAGCCCUCCCUGUUCCAGCACAUGGGCUACUACUCGUCUUACAAGGGAGCCGAGAACAAGCUGAAGGACGACGACUUUGAGGAGGACUCCAUAGACAUUCCUGACAACCCUCCUGCCGCCCUGUACACCAACAUUAACGUCUUUGAAAACUAUGAUGCCACCAAGGCUUACAGCAGCGUGGAUGAGUACUUCUGGGGGAAGCCUCCUUCCACUGGUGACUUCUAUGUUAUAGUCUUUAACAAAUCUACCAAAAUUAGUAAGAUUAAGAUUUCAACGGGCUCGGAUGACCGGCAGAAUGACAUUCUCCACCACGGGGCUCUGGAAGUGGGAGAAAAACUGGUGGGGACUAAAAAAGGGAAACAGUGUUCCUCCUACAUCACGUUAGGGGAGUUUAAAAAUGGCAACAUUGAAGUUCAGGACGUAGACCACAAGAUUGCCUUUGACAUUGAGUGUGUACGCAUUGUGGUGACAGCCAGCCAGAAAGAAUGGCUCAUCAUCAGAAGUAUAAGCCUAUGGACUACACAGCCCCCCAGCCAAUGAGGACAGCACUCAGAGAAUCCUAGUUGGACGUAGACAAUGUUUUUAUUAUUAUGAUUUCCAAACGUAUGUAUCUCCAGGUUUCUUUAUUCAUUUUGUAUGUAUUUAUGGAUUUUCCGUUUGACUGCCAAAACAAUCUAGUUUUUCUACCUGAAAGCUGUAACGUUGAUGGAGCAUCUUCCUGAUCACUUUUAUGGACGGUUCAACUGACCUCAGAGUAUCCAUGAACACACGUAGUUUUCAGUUCUGCUUGUCUGAUAGCAUCCUUAACAAAGGGCUGAGUGACACAUCUCAUGCUAAGUGACACGAAGUGGAGAAAGAUGAUAUCACCACAUUGUUUGCUGAUUGGCACAGCUGCAUGGCUUCACGGAAACAGUCUGAGCACCACGUAUCAUUGGGUUCGGUGUGACUUUGUUCUAGCAAGUUUGUGCUAAAUGCAACAAAUGCGCUUAAGCUGGACAUUUUGUUUUGUUGUUUUGCUUUUAAUAUUAAGUCCAUUUCUGCCACCCAGCCCUUCUCCAAGAUAUUUGUAUUGUAUGUCAUUAGUGAAUAAUGCAGUGGACUAAUUAUUCCCCUCCUGAAUGUUUCUGGUGGCUUCACACGAGGAAAACAGACAGAACUCACUCAAAGAAGCAAAGCAGUGCUUUGUCACUUUCAUUACAAUCGUUCUAAACGGGCUAAUUAAAAAGGGAGAAGGGAUCGCUAUUAUUAAGUCUGACUACGUCUUUUACAAAGAGUUCUCCUUGAAACUACCUUCCAAUUAAAGCUAUUGUGUCUUGAGAAAUUCUCUAUGACUGAUGUUAAGUCUGCAGAAGUGCAGCCCUGGGAUUUCUUCCUGAGAUCGUCCCCAUUUGGUCCUUAAUUAUUUUCCUUACAAGGAAAGUAUCCGAGGUUGUUAAUGUCUCGAACACUCAUCACAGUUUCCUCCUGGUUUAAUUGUCAUCUUUGCUGUGGGUGCGGUGGAUGUUUGAGUGGGCUGAGCUGUUUCACCACCACUGUAUGUUCCGUCCAGGCUGCUGACAGGAGAACAAUGUUUGUUUUCACCCAUCUUCUCUGAGACCUGAGAUUAGAUUGCACAGUGAGGAAUGGGUCAGGUCUGCUCUUAGCUCUUUUUUUUCCACCGCAGCACAAUUUUCCCUUAGUAAAUUGGUCUGUGUUUGCCUCACUCUCUACACCAGCAAAACAACAUUUCCCCUGGAGCUAUAGGAUCUCAAUUCGUUCUCCCCCCUCCCCGAACGCUGCUCUCACAACUCCAAUGUUUCUGCUCCUACACGGCAGCCGUGCUCUGAUCUUUGCUCUCGGUUCUUAGUGUUUGCAGCAGCUUUGGGGGAAACUUGGUUGGCUUCCCUUUGAAGAUGCUAUUUUAAAAUGCCCACCUUGAGUUAAAUAAAGGAAUUAAUGUUGCACUUGUUUACUCUUCAUCACCGUGAUUCAGGGCACACUUGCUGGAACCCUGCUGAACCGCAACAGCGUUACCGUCCAUGUUCACGUCAUCACAAUCAGUUGGUAAAGACACAGAAGUGACAGGAGGUGGUUCUUCACAGAAGUGACUCAAACAAUGCAAUAAAGAGGUGAAUGUUUACAGAUCACCGAGGUUCCUAGUGAACACGAGGUGAAAGCAGAUCAUCGUCACGAAUGCUGCUCGGCUGGUACAAAGGCCACCUGUUCCCUGUUUUCCCUCAGGGUCUUGUUCAGUGUCACAGAUCAAGACCUUUCGCAGAUUGGUUUGCGCCACCACCGCGAAAGCCUUCUUCAGCCAAUCCCCCAUGCGCUACCUGAAAUGAAAUUAAAAUGUCCGCCACCUCAGCGUGGCUCGCUGUUGUCCCCAGCUUUUCCCCCGGACUGCUGUUAUUCAUUUCGGUGAAUGAUUUGCGUGACCUGCAUGGAUCAGCUCCUCGGAGGGGACCUCGUUUGAAUGGAUGGUGCUUGAAAGCACACAAUCCCCACUGUGCUGCGUGUGCGCCACGCUUUAUGAUGCACACUACGGUGCCAGUUCAGGCUGGCAUUACCUGCUUAUGAGCUAUAAACACAUGAUGUCACCGCAGGGCAACUUAGCUGUUUUACAAGUGUAAUGGAUGGCUUCGAUAUGCCUCACGCAAGGAGAGCAGCAGCAUUAGCGCCGCUGAGGAGGAAUUGCUGUAUAACCUUUUUGAAAAUAAGACGCUAGCCAGAGGUUUAUGGACAGAUUUAUGUCUAGAGGAGAACAACAAAAGCUGCAUAAAUUCCUUAGCUCCCAAACUGCUGCACACUGCAAGUUUGGGGCUUAAGUGAACAAGUCAGAACCGGUUAUUUCCAUAAGCAAUGAUCUGAUUAAGUCAUUUGCAGCCAGUCGGGUGUUUGUUUUAUCAUAUUGACUGUGAGGUGGCGUCUGCGAUAAAGAGUUUAAUAGGAUCCGUGUGACUUUGGUGAGUGGGUCCUGAGUAAUUUGAAAUGUGAGUCGUCUUCCAGUGGAGCAUGUACAAAGUGCAUGAACAAAAGCGUUUUCAGUUAAUAAAAGUCCUUUUGUACAUCGGGAUCCAUGACUUAUUGUUCAGCUUCUGCUACUGAAACUGUGCUGGAUGUCUGAGACCAGCCGACGCUACGUCACCACCGGCUCGGACUCACCUGUCGUAUAUUGUUAGAUGGAACGAGUGUGUCGAUAUGUCGUUUUCGUGUCUGGUUUACUUUCUGUCCUUCUCUAAAUUGUACUGUAUUGUAAGAUGACAUAUAUUUUUUUACACGCAUCAUUUCCAGUGUUGUAAUGUAAAUAUUGAAUUUAAAAUGAAAUGAGAUUAAACAAGUGAAUGCAAACUUUGUGGCGCAUUAACUGCUUCAAUGUGUAUCUACUCUGAGUCAUGUUUCCAUCCAUUAGUAUAAUAAUAAAAAAUACCAUAAUUGA